AUGCGAGUUCGUGCCAAUGCCCCGCUGAGUGCGUCUAUCACAGCUAACGAGUCUAGAAUAUGUCGGAAACGCAAGAUCAAGUGCGAUGGACGAAAGCCCAGUUGCUCAGGUUGCCAUGCGGCACUCCAAACAUGUAUAUAUCGGUCGCCAGCGAACUAUAGAUUUGUAUUCAAGACUGUCGGCAUUUCAGGCCCGGCGAAGAAACAGAAAAAGGCCGUGCAGGAGGAUGGGCCAUCUGCUCUCGCCCCUAUCCAAUCCUCAACCGGAAUUCCACCGGCAUGUUCACAGGUAGAGAGAGGGCAGCUCGAUCUGGGUGCACAGCAAAUAAACACCCAGAUGCCUCUGACCAAUCCGUCACCACCUUUACGGAUUCCGUUCUUCAGAUGGUUUGGCCCUACAGGCAUUGCACCUGGCUAUAAGAGGAUUUUUGUUCAGAUUAAAGAUGGUACGGAUCACCAGGAACUCCAGAGUCCAUCUUCUUCCACGCCGGCCGCUUUCAGUAGUCUACCAAGCGAUUAUCAACAAACAACUAAGAGGGGGGACCUAGAUCAGCUGCUUUUCGAACCAGAUGAUAAUCUAACACCCAUUUGCGGGAUUCUGUUCCCGCUUCUUGAAACCUUCUUCGAGUACUAUGGAUGCCACUUUCCAUUCUAUUCCAAGGAUUCAUUCAUUGAUCUAGCGAGAGAGAAGAAGGUCCCUGCACUGCUACUCAACAGCAUGUGCGCCUUAGCGGCGCGGUUUUCAGCAUUGCCAGUGUUCAAGGGCAAACCUGCCUAUGUACGCGGGGAGUUGUUUGCUGAUAAGGCAAAGCACCUACUUGUCCCGUUGCUUAAUCUACCAAGCUACGACGUCGUAGCGAGUAUUCUUAUGAUUGCCUGGAUGGAGAUGGCGACUUGCCAUGACGUUGGUAUAUGGAUGUAUACAGGUAUGGCUGUGAGGAUGGCAGAAGAUAUGGGUAUGCACAAGAAAAGUACACUGAGCCCAGCUGAGCCGGAGUCUGGCGAUGACCGUCGAUUAUACUGGGCCAUAAACCUUCUUGAUCACAUAAUCUGCUUUGCUACCGGCCGACCACUCACCACGCGGCGAGAAUAUGUUGACGUUGCGUUGCCGGCAGAGACACUAGUCCAGACGGAGCCUUUUGAAUUAGCAUCGCCGUUCCCAAGCAUGAUACGGGUUAUCCAGAUACAGGGCUUAGUGAAUGGAGAAAUCGGCAUACUACCGGAGCAGCCCUUGGAUCUAACACCGCAGACGAGACAGCGACUAUUACAAUAUGGUAAUGAUCUAGUUGCGCAUUACGCUUCUAUGCACCCCAGCCUUGCCUUUGAUGCGCCCAACUUCCGAGCUCACGCAAUUAAGGGUCAAGGGGGGACAUUCUUACUUUUGCAUCUGUGGUUCAAUAGCGUCCUAAUAUCGCUCCAUCGGCCAGGUCUCCGUUUUGGCCAACAAAAUCACCGUGACACAAACUUCCUCUCUCCUUCCAGCCGGCAGAUCUCGCUCUCAACAGCGCGCACCACUAGUUCGAUUCUCUCCCUCGCCGACUUGGUCGACAUAAAGUCCAUCUUUGGCAGCCCAUUUAUUGACCAAGCAGUGGAGAUGGCGGGGCUCGUCUUCGUCGCCGAGCUGCGUAUUCCAACACCCAUGCCGUCUAUUCCAGAUGUAGUAGGACUGCAUGAGGCUGGGCUGGGUGAGCUGAGCCACGAAGCGCACUACGUGGUGUGUCUCCGUACACUUCGGUUGCUGAUGAUCUACUGGCGCGGUAUCGGCUGGAUCCUCACAGCCCUGGAGCAGAAGUAUAAAGGCGUAAAGGAUACCGACCCUGGUGCGGCUAACGUUGAUCCAUAUAGCGAAGUGGCUCUGAGUGAUCGCAAGAUGAUCAAACGCCUGCUACGUCAUGUCGAGAGCAGCAACAAUAAGAAUCAUAACGGCGCUGUUGAUGGAACGCAAGAUUCUACUAUUGGAAUUGCCGUGGCGGGCACAACAAACUCAGCUGCAAAGAGAAUGGUCACCGUCAUUGAGUCAUCGGAUCCCAGGUACAGCCAGCAGACCUUUACGGUACCGCUAUUGGAUGACACUGUUGCGAGCAGCAGGGACGUUAGCGAUCUGGAAAGCGAAUUAGUUUGGACAUCGUGGCUUGGCAAUGACAGCGGGCUGUGGAAUUUGGGUUUCGAGCACUUUGAUCAAUUCGAUAACUUCGAUAACUUAGGUCAUUUCGACACCUCCACAUAG